AUGUCGGCAAGCGGCAAUGCUCGUCGUUCUGAUGCAUCUAGGAUGAGAAUUAGGGCUUUCCCCUCUCACAUGGAUGAAAGAUUUGUUAAUCAAAUUUGGAAGCAAUUAGAGAAGGCGAUAAUUGAAAUUCAGAAAAAGAAUAACAGUGGCUUAAGCUUUGAGGAACUAUAUAGAAAUGCAUACACUCUUGUCCUUCAUAAACAUGGUGAACGUUUGUAUGCAGGUACCGAGGCUGUAGUUCGGGAUCACAUGCUGCGAGUCCGUGACAGUAUUAUUGACAACCUAAAUAACAAAUUUCUUUCAUACCUUAAUUCUUGCUGGAAAGACCAUCAGACAGCCAUGGUUAUGAUUCGCGAUAUACUCAUGUAUAUGGACCGUGUUCACGUGGUUCAACAUAAUCUUGAUAAUGUCUACAAAAUGGGAAUGCGCGUUUUUUGUCAACACGUGCUUCGUCAUCCCACUAUACGUGAUCACUUUCAAGCGACUUUGCUUGAAAUGAUAAGAAAAGAGAGAAACGGCGAGGUCAUAUCGAAAUCUCAAAUUCGUGACGCCUGUAAAAUGCUUGUGGAUUUAGGUGCCUCUGACCUGAGUGUUUACAUCGAAGAUUUUGAAGAGAUUUUUAUCGAACAGUCAAUUGAAUCCUAUAGAAAAGAGGGCGAAAGAUUAUUGACAGAGAAUAUUUCCGCACCCCUUUACAUCAAACGGGUGGAAGAGCGCCUCGAAGAGGAGAUAAAGCGUGUGAAUCAGUAUCUUGAUCCAUCAACAAAACACAAAAUAAUAGGUGUAAUCGAGCGGGAGCUCAUUGAGCGUCAUAUGCAAGUUGUUGUUGAUAUGCCAAAUACCGGUCUAUUUUCAAUGCUCGUAAACGCCAGUUAUGAUAGUAUAGCGGCCAUGUACUCUGUACUGAAUCAUGUUGAUCAAGGCCCUAAGAUAAUGAGUCAGUGCAUCAGCCAUUAUCUUCGAGAACAAGGACGAAGCAUUACCGAGCCUAAUGACAAUAUCUCUCCAAGUGAUUACAUUCAAAAGCUUCUUACUCUCCGCGACCAGACAACUGCCCUCCUAAAUGAAGCACUUUCCAAUCAAAUUAUAUUUAGGAAUCAGGUCAACUCAGAUUUUGAAUACUUUAUUAAUCUAAAUCCUCGCUCUCCUGAAUAUCUAUCUCUCUUUAUCGACGAGAAGCUAAAACGCGGUACUAAGGGUAUGGCCGAUCAAGAUGUUGAUCUUGUAUUUGACAAAUGCAUAGUAUUAUUUAGGUAUCUUCAAGAAAAGGAUAUGUUUGAAAGAUACUAUAAACAGCAUCUGGCCAAACGACUACUUUUAGGAAAGAGUCAGUCUGACGAUCAAGAAAAAAGUAUGAUUUCUAAGUUGAUGAUUGAAUGUGGUGGCGUCUUCACAAACAAGCUGGAGGGUAUGUUCCGGGACAUGGCUAUUUCGAAAAUGCUCAUGGAAGAUUUUGUGCGUACUCCAAAUGCGAACGUUGGGUUGGAGCUUUGCAUGCGCGUCCUAACUUCUGGCUUAUGGCCAACUCAAACAGUAACUCAGAAUGUAAAUUUGCCAUCUGAUAUUUCAAAUGCCUUCGAACGAUACAAAGCGUAA